AUGGAAUAUUUGAAACGUAAUCAAAAAAGAAUGCUGGCUCCGAUAGUUGUCGACCACACAUCAACUCCAUCAUUAUUUCCUCACGAUGAUGAUAUUAUUGAGUUGUUACGGUGUAACGAAUUUGAUGUGCGCUUACAGACAUUGAAUCGUUUAUCGGCAUUAAUUAAGCGCGAUCCGGAGUGGUUUCCAAAAUUUUCAAAAAAGGGUGACUUGUUCAAGCAAUUGGAUCGUUUACUUAUAGAUGAUCGAUGGGAAGUUCAACAUCAAUGUAUCAAAUUUAUUUUGGAUGCGUUGCCAACUUUUGGCAAUAAUGUCGAGUGGUGUGUAUCAUAUUUAUUGCCACGUAUAGUAACAAAACUCGGUAGCUCGAAAAUAACGGUUCGACGUAUCACCAACCAGAUGGUCACCACAUAUUUAAAGCUGCAACCAAAUGCUGUUAAUUUAUUACAGAAAAUUCUUGUGGAUUGCUUAUUAGAUCGAGAUGUUGAUUUAAAAGUGAAAAAUGAAGUAUUAAACGAAUUAUCAAAUCUAUUUAUUCCUGAAUGCGCAACAAAUAACUGGACAACUCUUGUUGACGGUUUGACGCAAUUUAUGCUGGGUGCCGAUGUAAACCUUCAAGAAAAAACUGCAGUCAUUAUUGGGAAAAUUAAUGGUUAA